UCGCGGCGCGCGCGCGCAGGCGCAGGAGCUGCUGCUUCCAGUCCCUCCUUCCUGGUUGCCUGCAACCCGCUUCCUGGACCCUAGUUACGGCUGCUGGUGACCCCCUCCCCAGCCCCAGUGGGUGGGUGGCAGCUACCAUGGAGAAUGCGAACGGGGCUGACCGAAACAUGAACGAGGACCCGGGGCUGGCGGUGGGGCAGACUGAGAGCAGCUCUCCACAGGGGCCUGUGGAACAAGCAGGCCAGCUUCUCUUCCAGGAGGAGACCAUUGAUCUCGGUGGAGACGAGUUUGGCUCUGAAGAGAACGAGACCAUAUCCGAAGACUCAACUAAUUUUGUGGACAAGCUAAACGAGCACAUGAUGGAAAGUGUCCUCAUCUCUGACUCUCCGAACAACAGUGAAGAUGACACAGGUGACCUGGGCUGUUUGCGGGAUAUGGCAGAGCCUGCCACAGGCAGCUCUGAGUCCAGACUAGAAAGUGCCGUGGACAAGGGAGUCGUGGACACUCUGAGCAACGGCAGUGAAAGCGAGGGGGACGAGACACCUAAGAGCGUCUCUGAGAUGAGUCCUGAUCGCAGGGCGUCUUCGAAGGAAGACCCAGCGCAAGAAGAAGCAAAAGACAAGCCUGCCAUUGAAAAGGAGGACGCAGAGGAUGUGAAACCCGGGGAUGAAAAGACUCCCUCAGACACCCCCGUCUCGGAGCUCUCCUCCCGGCAGGCCUCUCCCAAGGACGAGCCCAUCCCCGUUUGCACCAUUUUCAGCCAGGCCCAUCCUGCUGGCUCCCAGACAUCCCCGUUCCUGCGGGACGGCUUUGAGUCUCAGAUGGUAAAAUCUCCCAGCUUUGGCGGCACCAGCGAAACAGCCGCCAAGACCCCUCCUCAGGUGGUCCAGCCAAGCCCCAGCCUGAGUAACUUUUUUGGAGACACAACCAGCACCAACUCUGUGGCCGCAGACUUCUUUGACUCGUUCACCACUUCCACAUUCAUCUCUGUCAGUAACCCCAACGCGGCCUCUUCGGUUCCAGAGCAGCUGUCUUCCCUCACGACUCCAGUGGGAGAGAAAUCUCUCGGAUCGACCGAUCCUUCUUACUCCCCGGGGAUGGCCAGAUCCGAAUCGAGCAUCUCCACUGCUUCUCUAGAAAUCCCUCAGUCUCCCAAGCCGUUCUCCCAAAUCCAGGCUGUGUUUGCAGGUACUGAGGACCCCUUUGCCACGGCCCUGAGCAUGAGUGAGAUGGACCGGAGAAAUGACGCCUGGCUGCCUGGGGAGGCCACCAGGGAGGUCCUCAUUGCGGUGGCGACUCAGCAGUACAGCACAGUCUUCAUCGAAAAGGAGAACCUCACCAUGCCAGGCCUCAAGUUCGACAACAUCCAGGGAGAUGCCGUUAAAGACUUAAUGCUUCGCUUCCUGGGUGAAAAGGCUGCAGCAAAGAGACAGGUCUUAAAUGCCAACUCAGUAGAACAAUCUUUUGUUGGACUGAAGCAGCUAAUUAGCUGCAAAAACUGGAGGGCAGCUGUUGACCUGUGCGGCCGGCUCCUCACAGCCCACGGCCAGGGCUACGGCAAGAGUGGGCUGCCGACCAACCACACAGCGGAUUCACUGCAGCUUUGGUUUGUGAGACUGGCAUUACUCGUCAAGUUGGGCCUUUUCCAGAAUGCUGAAAUGGAGUUUGAGCCCUUCGGAAACCUAGAUCAGCCAGAUCUCUAUUACGAAUACUACCCUCACGUGUACCCUGGGAGAAGAGGUUCCAUGGUUCCCUUCUCAAUGCGAAUCUUACACGCAGAGCUUCAGCAGUACCUGGGGAACCCCCAGGAGUCACUGGAUAGACUUCACAGGGUGAAGGCCGUCUGCAGCAAGAUCCUAACCAACCUGGAGCAAGGCUCUGCUGAGGACGGCAGCCUGGGCAGCCUCACACCGGAGAACCGGCAAGCCUCCAUCCAGCUGUGGAGGUCACGUCUGGGCCGCGUGCUGUGCUCCAUGGCCAACUGUCUGCUCCUGAUGAAGGACUACGUGCUGGCCGUGGACGCCUACCACUCCGUGAUCCAGUACCACCCCGAGCAGGAGGCGCAGCUGCUCAGCGGCAUCGGCCGCAUUUUCCUCCAGAUUGGAGACAUCAAGACAGCUGAAAAAUAUUUUGAAGAUGUGGAGAAAGUUACACAGAAAUUGAACGGACUACAGGGUAAAAUCAUGGUUUUAAUGAACAGAGCUUUCCUCCACCUGGGUCAGAAUAACUUUUCCGAAGCCCACAGGUUCUUCACAGAAGUUUUGAAGACAGACCCAACAAACGCAGUGGCCAACAACAACGCCGCGGUGUGUCUGCUCUACCUGGGCAAGCUCAAGGAGUCCCUGCGGCAGCUGGAGGCCAUGGUGCAGCAGGACCCGCAGCACUGCCUGCACGAGAGCGUGCUCUUCAACCUGACCACCAUGUACGAGCUGGAGUCCUCCCGCAGCAUGCAGAAGAAGCAGGCCCUGCUCGGCGCCGUGGCCAGCAAAGAAGGCGACAGCUUCAACACACAGUGCCUCAAGCUGGCCUAGCCCCCCCACCUCCGCGCGCCUGAACUGGGCACGCGCGGGUCUCCGAUGUCUUCAUGCAAACGAGGAUUCAGGAAAACCGCUCUCACCCGUGUCUGGGAGCGUCUCUUCUUGAUCCAGAGCCGUGGCCUGGGCCAGGACGUGGCCUGCAGCUUGUUGAAUUCCAGCCAGCUCAGCACCGCCCCCCUCCCUCUGCUGCUGUUUGUGAAUUCAGGAGGCGAACAUGCCAUUAGCAUGGUGGUCAUGGACAGAGAAAAAUCCAUAAUGACACACCGGGUCUCUCGUGCUUCUUCCUGGAAGCUGACCUGUUCCACUUAUUAAUUCUGAAUCUCCUCAGAGAAAAACUGAGAAGUGGAAUAGAAAUCACCCUCGCUCUAUCCCUGAAUGUUCCGGAGAAUUUAUAAAUAAUGGACGAGAAAUAACAAACCUAGAUUGCCAUUCA